ACCUUGUCAAUUUUAGACUUGUAUUUGCUAGCUAUCAACAUACAAGAGUAGAUACACCAAACUAGAAUCUACACUUCCUUGAUAUACCUACACUUGUCAUGUGUAGGUAUAUAAGGAUUCAGUCCAUAUGUAGGUACACCAUUACAUGGAACUUUAUGAACUUUGUUUCAGUCCAUAUAAGGAUUCUUUAGCAAACGCACUUUUGAUUCAUCUCCAAGCAUAAUGAAACCUUCAUGAUAAUGGUUUCUUCCAAGUCUCCAUUUAAGAAAGAUGUCUUCACAUCCAAUUGUUCUAAUUACAUAGUUUCCUGAGCCACAAUAGCUAAUAAUAAUCGGAUUGAGCAAUGCUUAACAACACGAAGAAUACAACCAUCUAACACAAUGCACCAAUGGUUUCUAUCUAACUGCUACAUCACUUGUUGUUUUCUACGCUCUCUCUUAUCUAUGUAUCUAUUCUAUUAUCCCUUACAUAUACGAAGGAAAUAAUGAAUCUAGACAACAUACAAAGCUAGAUAAUUCACAUAGCCCAACGGUAAAAUGAGAAACUAGUAGUCACCGCGCCAAUUUUGAUAAAAUUUUCAGCAGACAACAAUAUUUCCUGCACUGCUGAUUUAUCUGCUAAAACUUCCACUUGAGCUGAAAACCUUCAGCUAUGAGCAUCAGCAUGUGCUGAAAAAAUCUCUCCUCCAAUUUUGUUGCAGCUGAUGAGGAAUGGUGUUGGCUAAUAAAGUAGGUCCAAGAAUAUGAGUGGCAUCGUUUUUCAGAAUGCAUAUUGAAAAAAGUAGCAACUCCGGAGAAGACAUCGUUUCCCCUCUUUUGUCCCACUUCCACCUCAAUCACUAAAUUACUCCUCAUUUUUGUUUCUAUUUAAUUAUGAACUACUCCUAUCUCCACUUAAUUGUUCAAGCUGCCACCAUCGCGACUUCACCCAAAAUAUUUUGUCUCAUAUCUAUGACUAUGACGCGCCGCCCAUCACUAAUCAACAUAUCCUUUUCUUGCUUCCACCGUUCAAAUGAAAUAAAAUAACAAGAGUCAUACUACUCUGCUUGAUUUAGGAUAAUGAUGCUGGAAUUCUUUAUUUCCCUAUUCAGCUUUGGGUACACAUCACUCUCUGUUGGCUACAAUUUUACCCAAUGGUGUGCAAUGCACACACUGUCGGCUAUCGGCACUCGGCAGUGUUAGUUAAUCACAAAAUAGUCAAAGUAGUGAACCCAUAUGCAUCCAUGGGAGCCAACCAUUAAUCAUGAUCUGCCAUUAAAAUUCCUCCGAGUUUGCAAUUAGUUCCUACUUUCCCAAAAAAUAUCCGGAAAAAAUGGUCGACGAUGCACAAUCCGAUUCAAAGUACGAUCGGAAGAGCGAGUUGCAAGCCUUCGAUGACACGAAAGCCGGCGUGAAAGGACUAGUCGAUGCCGGAAUCACCAAGUUGCCCAGAAUCUUCCUUCAUCCACCGGAAAGUUUGAAGGAUAUCCGGACAGCGGCCGGAGCCCAGUUCGAAUUCCCGGUGAUAGACCUGGAGAGGUUCGACAGGGAUCCUAGCGUACGCCGUAAAGUUGUAGGCGAGAUUCGAGAAGCAGCGGAGACAUGGGGUUUCUUCCAAGUGGUGAAUCAUGGGAUUCCGAUUAGAAGUUUGGAGGAUAUGUUGGAUGGAGUUGGUGGAUUUAUGGAGCUGGAUACGGAAAUCAAGAAGCAGUAUUACACCAGAGAUUUCAUGAAGCCGUUUCGGUUUAACAGUAAUUUCGAUCUGUUUAGUGCCCCCGCAGCUAACUGGAGAGACUCCUUUUACUGUGUUGUUGCUCCUACUCCCCCACACCCUCAACAACUGCCUCACCUUUGCAGGGAAAUCAUUAUAGAAUACUCGAAGCAAGUGAUGGGAUUUGGGAGGUGUAUGUUUGAGUUGCUGUCUGAAGGUCUUGGACUGAGCACAAAUCAUCUCCUAGAAAUGGAAUGUGCAGACUCACUUUCAGUGAUCUGCCAUUACUAUCCCCCGUGCCCGGAGCCGGAGCUCACAUUAGGCACGACGAGGCAUUCCGACAACGACUUUGCAACCGUGCUUCUGCAGGACAGCCUCGGAGGCCUCCAAGUGAGGCAUCAGAACCAGUGGGUGGAUGUUCCUCCUCUACCAGGAGCCUUGAUUGUCAACAUUGGAGAUCUUCUUCAACUGGUAACAAACGAUAAGUACAAAAGUGUGGAGCACCGGGUACUGGCGAGCAAGGGCGGUCCAAGGCUAUCCGUUGCCAGCUUCUUUGGGAGGAACUCCGGCCCAAGCUCGAUUGUUCAUGCCCCGAUUAAGGAGCUGUUGUCGGAGAAGAACCCUCCAAAGUAUCGCGCCACCACGGCUGAAGAGUAUAGUGACUACUUCUGCAACAAGGGCCUUGAUGGCACUUCUGCCUUGCUGCAUUUCCAACUGCAAGGUUAGCUUUUCGAGCAUCUAUACCUUAAUUUCGCCUAUCUUGUAAUCAAUAUUAGUCAAUGUCUAGAAAUAAGUUAUUGAAUUGUCAUCUAACUGUUGCAGUUUUAUUACUAAAAUGGUUUCCGUUUGCUGUUA